UUAACGCGUCUAUUCUUGCAUUUUGAGUUUUUAAGAGGGCAGCUUGUGGGUGUGUUGAAUCCGUGUUUGUGAAUGAAGUGACUUAAAACCGAACGCUUAAUAGGAGUAAAGCCAACAGAUCCGUUGUUUUCCGGAAGGCGAAAAAGGGCGUUCACUGUGAACUGAAAAGCCAUGGCAGACAAGGGGGAGAUGGUACAGAAGGCCAAACUGGCCGAGCAGGCUGAGCGCUACGACGACAUGGCCGCCGCCAUGAAGGCCGUCACAGAGGAGGGCUCGGAGCUCAACAACGAGGAGCGCAACCUGCUCUCGGUGGCCUACAAGAACGUGGUGGGAGCCAGGAGGUCCUCAUGGAGGGUGGUGUCCAGCAUGGAGCAGAAGUCAGACAGCACCAAGACUGCGCUUGCAAAGGAGUACAGGGAGAAAAUUGAGAAGGAGUUGAAUGACAUCUGCAAGGAAGUUCUGGACUUACUAGACAAACAUCUUAUCCCCAAAGCUACGCCCGCUGACAGCAAAGUCUUCUACCUAAAGAUGAAGGGAGACUACUACCGAUACCUGGCUGAGGUGGCAACUGGGGAGGACAAGGAAACCAUCAUCAAUAGUUCACAAGAGGCCUACCAGAAGGCAUUGGAUAUCAGCAUCAAAGAAAUGCCUCCCACACAUCCUAUCCGCCUGGGCCUCGCUCUCAACUUCUCUGUCUUCUACUAUGAGAUUGUCAACUCGCCUGAUAAGGCCUGCCAACUGGCCAAAUCGGCCUUUGACGAAGCCAUAGCCAUGUUGGACACCCUCAACAGUGACUCGUACAAAGACAGCACCUUGAUCAUGCAGCUGCUCCGUGACAAUCUGACACUGUGGAUGUCGGACGCGCAGGGAGACGGUGAAGAGGAAGGAAAGGAGACUGAGCAGGAGCCGGCAGCCGAGAAGAACUGAAUCACAGAGAAAACGGGAGAAAAACUUAAACAACACAUUUUUUACCUCUCACCAGCCUAUGUUGAGUGCUUGGUUGUGUGUGUGCGCACAUACAUGCACAGACGUGUAUGUUUACACUCCACUGACAGUGUGUAAAAGUACAGGAUGUGUGUGCAGAUGCAUUGAGGUGUGUGUGUGCGUGAGAGUAUGGUAAUUAUAUGAGCACCUCCACAGAGAAAAGAAUGGAAUAGACUUGAUUUCCUUUUGAACAUUAUUAUUCUGUAAACCAGUGUAUUUUCUUUGUUUUGUCGACUUUAGAUCUCUCCUUUAGAUCUGCACCUAUGAUCUGUAACAUCCAUCAGUGUAGCAAACUACUGCUGUUGCAGGAAAACAAACAAGACAACCUCUAAUCCGUCUCUCUGGAGAAUUUCUAUGUUUUUACUUGAACUAAACAACCUUUGUGACACUUUAGUCCAUUAAACUUUCUCCGAAGCCACUGUAAAGAGAGGACAAGGUCUUUAAAUGGUCCAUCUGACAGUAAGCAGUGAUUGUACAUUAUUCCAGGUAAAGAUCCCUCUCCAUAGUGCUUGUAUCCAUCCCGCCCUGUGUAUCCAGUAGUGUGUUAAUGGAUGAUACAUGUUUCAGGAAGUAUUUUCUGUUUGAACAACCACUUACACUUUGGUCCAUUUGUUCAGCGACCUAUUAUCAACAGUGGAAUGUGUAAUCUUUGAUUACCUGCAGUUUUGCAUACCACAUAAUAAAGUUAACAUCCUAAGAUAAUGACAACUUGAUUUAAAAUGGCUUGAUACUGUAACCUUUUGAUAUUUUAACUCUUCAGUGGUGCAGAUGAUACUUUAUGCCAUGCGCUUUUAUGUGGCUCUCUACUCUUUUUCUAUUCUGGUAUUAUGUUUUUUCUAUUUCAAUUUCCUGUAUUUUAUUCCAUUUGGUUCCUGGAGAAUGUAUGUGGUUCUCGGUAGUAUGGUGUGGGGGUUAGGCAUGCUUCAAAACCGUCAGUUUUUGGUUUAGGAUUUAGUUUUAACCUGGUGUUUUAAUGUAACCUUUACCUUUUUUUUUUUUUUUUUUUUAUGGGAGUAAAUCUUGAAAUGUGGAGUAAAAAGUGAGCAUCAAAGUAAUGUUGUAGAAAGCUUCAUUAAAGCCAUUUUGUAGUUACAAAGUAGUGCCAGUUUCUUCUAAUUACAGUAUCUUGGUUUAUUAAAAAAAGGUGGGUUACAAGAUUCAGAAUUUGCAAGUAACACAAUGAGUGCAUUAUUUGGUUAUGUGCUUUCAUGUAUGUGGAAAUAAAACAUUCAAACGAA